GCCGCACGCCUCCCGCCGCCGCCGAGCUCUCCGCAGGCGCCCAGCACUCCGCAGUCGGGCGCGCACCGGAGCCCAGCCGCGGCGCGUGGAGGCGGUGUGGGAGCGCGGGGCGCGCAGAGGGCCGGCAGCCGCGGGACAGCGUCCGCGCAGCAGCCUCCGUCGAGCAGCCGCCGCGGGAGCUCCGCAGCUUCGCGGUGGGCCCGCGUCCGGGAGCGCGAGGACGACCAGGAGGCGGAGCGGCGCCCGGCGAGGUUUCAUCAUAGGAGUCCUUUGCAUCAGAAACACUAUCUACACCACUUCUGAGUGAGGCAGCCGUCCGAGAAGGAAGAGACAAUGGCCAAAAUGGAGGUGAAAACGUCACUUCUGGACAAUAUGAUUGGGGUUGGAGAUAUGGUUCUUUUAGAGCCUCUCAACGAGGAGACCUUCAUCAACAACCUCAAGAAGCGCUUUGACCAUAAUGAAAUAUACACGUACAUUGGAAGUGUGGUUAUAUCGGUUAACCCAUACCGGUCCUUACCCAUUUAUUCACCGGAGAAAGUAGAAGAUUACAGGAAUAGAAAUUUUUAUGAACUGAGCCCUCACAUCUUUGCCCUGUCAGAUGAAGCAUACAGAUCCCUGAGAGAUCAAGAUAAGGACCAAUGUAUUCUCAUUACUGGGGAGAGCGGAGCAGGAAAAACAGAGGCCAGCAAGCUUGUCAUGUCGUAUGUAGCGGCCGUUUGUGGAAAAGGAGCAGAAGUGAACCAAGUCAAAGAACAGCUUUUACAGUCCAACCCAGUCCUGGAAGCUUUUGGAAAUGCCAAGACUGUAAGGAAUGACAACUCCUCUAGAUUUGGCAAAUAUAUGGAUAUUGAAUUUGAUUUUAAAGGCGAUCCACUGGGAGGAGUGAUAAGUAACUAUCUUUUAGAGAAGUCUCGAGUUGUGAAGCAACCAAGGGGUGAAAGAAACUUCCAUGUGUUCUAUCAGCUGCUCUCUGGUGCCUCUGAAGAGCUCCUCAAUAAACUUACACUUGAGCGGGAUUUCAGCAGAUAUAACUACCUAAGUUUGGACUCUGCCAAAGUUAAUGGAGUGGACGACGCAGCAAAUUUCAGAACUGUCAGGAACGCCAUGCAGAUUGUGGGUUUUAUGGAUCAUGAAGCUGAGUCUGUCUUGGAGGUGGUGGCCGCGGUGUUGAAACUGGGGAACAUCGAGUUCAAGCCCGAAUCUCGAGUGAAUGGUUUAGAUGAAAGCAAAAUCAAAGACAAAAAUGAGUUAAAGGAAAUCUGUGAGUUGACCGGCAUUGAUCAGUCAGUUCUAGAACGAGCAUUCAGUUUCCGAACGGUGGAGGCCAAACAGGAGAAGGUUUCAACUACACUGAAUGUGGCUCAGGCAUAUUACGCCCGUGAUGCUCUGGCUAAAAACCUCUACAGCAGAUUGUUCUCAUGGUUGGUAAAUCGAAUCAAUGAAAGCAUUAAGGCACAGACCAAAGUGAGAAAGAAGGUCAUGGGUGUUUUGGACAUCUAUGGCUUUGAAAUUUUUGAGGACAACAGCUUUGAGCAGUUCAUUAUUAAUUAUUGUAAUGAAAAGCUACAACAAAUCUUCAUUGAACUGACUCUUAAAGAAGAGCAGGAGGAAUAUAUACGGGAGGGCAUAGAAUGGACACACAUUGACUAUUUCAAUAAUGCUAUCAUUUGUGACCUAAUAGAAAAUAACACAAAUGGGAUCCUGGCCAUGCUGGAUGAGGAGUGCCUGAGACCUGGCACGGUCACCGAUGAGACCUUCUUGGAGAAGCUCAACCAAGUCUGCGCCACUCACCAGCACUUUGAGAGCAGGAUGAGCAAGAGCUCUAGGUUUCUUAAUGACACAUCCCUGCCUCACAGCUGUUUCAGAAUUCAGCACUAUGCUGGCAAGGUGCUGUAUCAAGUGGAAGGAUUUGUUGACAAAAACAAUGAUCUUCUCUAUCGAGACCUGUCCCAAGCCAUGUGGAAAGCUGGCCACACCCUCAUCAAGUCUCUGUUCCCCGAAGGGAACCCCGCCAAGAUCAACCUGAAAAGGCCUCCUACAGCAGGCUCUCAGUUCAAGGCGUCUGUGGCCACACUGAUGAAAAACCUCCAGACCAAGAAUCCAAACUACAUUAGGUGCAUCAAACCAAAUGAUAAAAAAGCAGCACACAUCUUCACCGAGGCUCUAGUGUGUCAUCAGAUCAGGUACCUGGGUCUUUUGGAGAAUGUUCGAGUGAGGAGGGCAGGCUACGCCUUCAGGCAGGCCUAUGAACCGUGCCUAGAAAGAUACAAAAUGCUUUGUAAACAAACAUGGCCUCAUUGGAAAGGACCAGCAAGGGCUGGCGUGGAGGUUCUGUUUAAUGAAUUAGAGAUUCCUGUGGAAGAAUACUCCUUUGGUAGAUCAAAGAUAUUCAUCCGGAACCCGAGAACAUUAUUCAAACUAGAAGACCUGAGGAAACAGCGUCUUGAGGACUUGGCCACUCUCAUUCAGAAGAUUUAUCGGGGGUGGAAAUGCCGCACACACUUCCUGCUAAUGAGAAAAAGCCAGAUCGUGGUAGCCGCCUGGUAUAGGAGAUACGCGCAACAAAAGAGGUAUCAGCAGAUCAAGAGUUCUGCCUUGGUAAUUCAGUCUUAUAUCCGGGGUUGGAAGGCCCGGAAGAUCCUGCGGGAACUGAAGCACCAAAAGCGAUGUGAGGAAGCAGCCACCACCAUUGCGGCGUAUUGGCGUGGGACCCAGGCGCGAAGGGAACUGAGCCGGCUGAAGGAGGAGGCUAGGAAUAAACAUGCUAUUGCAGUUAUUUGGGCUUACUGGCUUGGAUCUAAGGCUCGAAGGGAAUUGAAACGCUUGAAGGAGGAGGCUAGGCGUAAGCAUGCAGUUGCUGUCAUUUGGGCUUACUGGCUUGGACUGAAGGUACGUAGGGAGUACAGGAAAUUCUUCAGAGCCAAUGCUGGAAAGAAAAUUUAUGAAUUUACGCUUCAGAGAAUUGUGCAAAAAUACUUCUUGGAAAUGAAAAAUAAGAUGCCUUCCUUAUCCCCAGUUGACAAGAACUGGCCACCAAGACCUUACCUAUUCUUGGAUUCUACUCACAAGGAGCUAAAAAGGAUUUUCCACCUGUGGAGGUGUAAAAAAUACAGGGACCAAUUCACAGACCAGCAGAAACUUAUUUAUGAAGAAAAACUAGAAGCCAGUGAACUCUUCAAAGACAAGAAGGCUUUAUACCCAUCUAGCGUUGGGCAGCCAUUCCAAGGAGCUUACCUGGAAAUCAACAAGAAUCCCAAGUAUAAGAAACUCAAGGAUGCCAUUGAAGAAAAGAUUAUCAUUGCUGAAGUUGUGAACAAAAUUAACCGUGCCAAUGGGAAGAGCACAUCUCGGAUUUUCCUCUUAACAAAUAAUAAUCUCCUUCUUGCUGAUCAAAAGUCCGGGCAGAUCAAAUCAGAGGUUCCCUUGGUGGAUGUGACCAAAGUAUCGAUGAGCUCACAAAACGAUGGCUUCUUUGCUGUCCACCUCAAAGAGGGGUCUGAAGCAGCCAGUAAAGGAGACUUUCUCUUCAGCAGUGAUCACCUGAUUGAAAUGGCCACCAAGCUGUAUCGGACGACUCUCAGCCAAACCAAACAGAAGCUCAAUAUCGAAAUUUCUGAUGAGUUCCUGGUGCAGUUCAGACAGGAUAAAGUAUGUGUGAAGUUUAUUCAGGGCAACCAGAAAAAUGGGAGUGUCCCAACGUGCAAACGAAAAAACAACCGUCUCCUGGAAGUCGCUGUUCCUUAACUGGCUCCUCCUCUCUGCUUUCACGGACUUGUUUCCUUGUAACAGUGCAAUUUUGUUUUGUUUUGUUUUGUUUUGUUUGGGAUUCAUUGUAUGUUUGGGAAUUGCCAAAGGCUAAUACUGUUAGAGACCCUUGGCAAAAUAAAAAAAAAAAAUAUUUGACUAAUCAAUUUUUAUUAUUGGAAUAGUUUUAAACCUUAAAUUACACAGUCUGUCCUGGGACAGGAUUAUAGAAGCUAACAGUGUCUCUGCCAUGUCAUACGUGUUCUUUGUUUAGCCAUCAUGUUAGAUCUGUGUACCCACGAUCAGCAUAUUGCUCAUAAAUCAUUACUAUUUCUAAGUAGAGGAAAUGGUCCCAAGCGGUAGUUGCAUUCGUUCAUCAAAUAUUUAUUGAGUGCCUCCUCUUUGCUAGGCACGGUGCUGGAUGGCGUGAAAACUGACUAGGAAGCCUUUUUGUUUUUCAGGCCGCGGCAUCUGGCUGGCUUGUGCUGUCCUGACUAGGGCUAAGAGAGGUUGAAGACGUUGAAACCAAAACAGUACCUAUUGCUGAUGGACAGCAUUAUUCCGAAUCCCGUAGUGUGAUCUUAACCAGUCCACUUCAAGAAGGGCUUGGUCCUAGGAAGUAGAAAUGUAUGACCGGGUAAAAUGCCCCUACAUGUGGUUUCUAUUUGAAAAGAGAAAACUGACAUUGCAACAGGACUUUUAAUUUGUUCGGCUCUUGUCGUUGCUUUUAACAGUAGAAAACAGAGUCAUUCUUAUUGUAGAAAAAGUGACAGAAGUAGUCCAAUAAGAUUAUAUUUUCCUGUUUCUGGUAAGCCUCAUAUAUGAUCCUACAUAGGCUAAUAUUUGCAGAGUGUUGUUUUCACCCAAAUUUGAGUAAAUAUUUUAAACAGCUAAUACAGUCAAGGGCUGAAAGCCUUUCAGAUAAUGGCAAGCAUUCUGUAUGAUGUGAAAUAAACAUCCAAGAUCUUUUUUGAAAGUUUUAUUUAUAAUAUACAUUUUGUAGGAGAGGGUGAUUGGUACAGGGUGCAUAUUUUAGUCAAGGAUCAAAAUUGUGUAUGUUAAUUUGCAGGACUUUUUUUUUUUUUUUUUCCAAAUUUACAAUAAGGAUUCAUUUUUGGAAACUACAUUUUAAACUUUGGAAUCAAAUUGUUUCUUAUUUGGGAGGAUAAUGUAUAUACAUUGGUAUGUUAAAUAAUAAAACUGUUCUAAUUUGGUGCCAUUUCCUGGAUCACAACUGUAUUUUUGUUUUUCAAGGUAUGUUCUCAUGUUGUGUGUCAAUGUAAUAUUGCACCGAAAGGCUUUACCGUUCAAACAUUAUAUGUUUUCUGUGUAAUUGAAUUUCACUGACCUUUUAUAAACCAGAAACAUUCAUUGAAAGUAUGGGGGGGGGGCACUUUCUUUUAAUUUUUGAACUUGAAAAAAAUCGCUCCCAUAAAGAAAUUCUCAGAAGCCUUUGUGUUUAUUGGUGCUGGUAGAGGAUAGCAUUACUUUCUCUCAGUCUACCGCAUCAUGUACCUAGAGCGGUAGAUUGGUAGUUCCUGAAAUAGGUGAUUAGAAAUCUGGAACUGAGGUGUUUUUAAAAAAUGUUUAAAAAAAUAUGUAAUACAUUCACACUGUUCAACGUGCAAGUAAGGAUAGAUAGAAAUACAAUGCAAAUUUUCCAUCCCAUCGUUCCCUCAUCUGCUCAGUUCCCAUGCCCCCUCUCAAGUUAACCGUUGUCUUUACUUGCUUUUGCACAGCUUUAUGCAUAUGUUUCCAAAACAAAAUAAAAAUAUAGAUUCUUA